AAUUUCAUUUAUCAGCGAACUUUUGAACUGAAAGAAUUUUAUGCUUCUUAAGCCCUUGGUAAUAAUUCGAAUACUUACUCGUAUUAUCGUUUGAAUUUACGUUGUUUUACAGCAAAUUUCAAUAUUGAAUCAUACGCGUACCUACUCGAAUAAAAUGAUAUGUAACUUGAGUUAGGUAUCAAUAUGUUUUUUGAAAUUGAUGCUAAUAUUUUUUUAGUCGCCUUGUUGGUGAUAUUUUUGCUUUAUUGUAUCAAAGAUUGUAAAAGACCGAAAAAUUUCCCAAAUGGACCCACAUUUCUUCCUUUCAUUGGAACCAGUUGGAUUUUACCUGCCAAAGGAUCAGAAAAAUUGAUACCAGAAUGGAGAAAGAAAUACGGUAAUUUAGUUGGACAUAAAUUGUACCAAGAAAAGUUGGUAUUUUUUUGUGGAAGCCAAGAAAUUAUCGAGGGUUUGAAGCAUCCGAAUUUUCAAGGCAGAUAUAUCACAAAAUAUUUAAUGCAAAGAACUCUAAACAAACCUCUAGGAUUUUUUUUCGCAGAAGACGAAACGUGGUCCGAAGUGAGACGUUUCGCUUUACGAUAUUUUGGAACGGUUUUUACAAAAGAAUUGGAAACUAUUUUGCACGAUGAAUUGCUGGAAGAGUUGAAUAACAUUCGAAGUGGUGAAAUUCAUAUCAUUAAUGGAGCUUUCAUGAAAAGUCCCUUAAAUGUGAUCCUCAGGAUAAUGACUGGAGUAUAUCGAAAAGAUCACGAAGCUCAGAUCGACGAUAUGCAAGAAAAGACUGAAAAAGCGUUCAUAGCAGGACGUCUUACAGGCAUAGAGUUAGUGUAUCCAGUUCUUAGUGGGUUUUUUCAAAACCACCUUCAAGUUGAUGCUACGCUAGCCAUUCAAGAAUUUUUAAAGGCCAGGUUGGAAGAACAUAGGAAAACUUUCGAUCCCCAAGAUAUAAGAGAUUAUGCUGAUGCAUUUAUAAAUGAAAGCGUAAAAGAAAUUCAGUUGCAUGGAAAAAUUAUGAAUUUCAGUGACGCAGAAUUUCUAUCUUGCGGUAUAGAUCUGAUACAAGCAGGAAACGAAUCAGUAGGUAAAACAAUACAAUUCACUUUAUUGUACGUUGCCCUGAAUCAGCGUAUUCAGCUUAAAUUACACGAAGAAAUAGAUCAAAUAAUAGGUCCAGAUCGAUAUCCCACAUUGAACGACAAAACAAAUAUGCCUUACCUUGAAGCUGUAAUUCAUGAAGGAAUGCGAAUCGACCCGAUAGCACCUGUUGGAGUGAUACACAGAGUUACAAAGGAUACCCAAUUUAGAGAAUAUUUUUUUGAAAAAGAUACGCUGAUAAAUUUCGCUUUAAAAUAUGCCAUGCAUGAUCCUGAAUUAUGGCAAAAUCCUGAAGAAUUCUCGCCUGAAAGAUUCUUAGGAAAUGACGGCUUGAAGAAAAAAAUAUUAAAUUUCGGUUUAGGUAAACGAUCAUGUAUUGGAGAAGUGUUUUCGAGGAACUUUAUGUUUUUGUAUCUGUCAUACUUUUUUCAACGGUUUUCAAUCAAGUUACCAGAUAAUUAUAAACCAUCAACUGAUCCAAUAUUGGGAUUCACAAAUGGACCUAAACCAUUUAAACUCAUUAUUACAAAACGAUAAGGUGUAACUUACAACUGUAUAUAUAAAUGAAUAUGUGUCUCGUUAAAUCAACCAUGAUUUAGUUUUUGAAUUAAAUUUAAUUAUUCUGAAAA